CAGAGCCUGAGCCUGGGAGCAGCGGCCACUUCUUGCAGCCGAAGUCCAGGGCUAACUUGGACUGGGACCCUGAUCCGGAAAUAGAGCCUCUCUAGCAGCAGCACAGCGAGCAGGAUUCCCCUCAAUAACUUGGUUGGAGCGCCCCGGCAACCAUCGCGAGCCCUAGGUGCGCACCUGCAAACUCUCCACUUUCUGCACCUGCCACCCGGAGCUUGCGUGAGCGCCUGAGCUAGCCAUGGCCAACGCAGGGCUGCAGCUCCUAGGCUUCAUUCUAGCCUUUCUGGGCUGGAUCGGCACCAUCGUCAGCACUGCUCUACCCCAGUGGAAGAUUUACUCCUAUGCUGGAGACAACAUUGUGACCGCCCAGGCCAUCUACGAAGGGCUGUGGAUGUCCUGCGUGUCGCAGAGCACAGGGCAGAUCCAGUGCAAAGUCUUCGACUCCUUGCUGAAUUUAAACAGCACUUUGCAAGCAACCCGUGCAUUGAUGGUGAUUGGAAUCCUGCUGGGACUUAUAGCAAUCUUUGUGUCCACCGUUGGCAUGAAGUGUAUGAAGUGCUUGGAAGAUGAUGAGGUACAGAAGAUGAGGAUGGCUGUCAUUGGGGGUGUGAUCUUCCUUAUUGCAGGUCUGGUUAUUUUAGUUGCCACAGCAUGGUAUGGCAAUAGAAUUGUUCAAGAAUUCUAUGACCCUAUGACCCCCGUCAAUGCCAGAUAUGAAUUUGGCCAGGCUCUGUUCACUGGCUGGGCUGCUGCCUCGCUCUGCCUUCUGGGAGGUGCCCUACUUUGCUGCUCCUGUCCCCGAAAAACAACUUCUUACCCAACACCACGGCCUUAUCCAAAACCUACACCAUCCAGUGGAAAAGACUACGUGUGACAGAGGCAAAAGGAGAAAAUCCUGUURACACAAAUACAGAAUGGACUUUGAAAUACUAUCAUUGACAUUAYGAUCUUAGACUUUUGACUAUUGUAAUCUGAACUGUGGUUUUUUUUUUACAAAAGAAACCAUAUUUUUAUAAAUAUCCAUGGCGACAAGUAGCUUAGUCUUAUUUUAUCUUCUUUUCUCAGUGUCAGAGGGAAGCCCUUUCCAUCGUUUUAUUGCUUCCCACCAAGUAGUCAUGGGGGAGGGGUGCCCCUUAAAUAUGUACAGAUAUGUAUAUAUACAUGUUUUUCUAUAAAAAAUCAGACCAUAAAAACUCUUAUUGUCAUUAUGUUGGUAUUYGUACACUCAGAGUGUCUCUAAAAUAGAAAAAGUAUAUUUCAUUUUAAUUAAAUAAGCUUAUUAGAAUAUUUUUCUUCCUUUUUCUUCAUACCUAUAUAAUAGGUUGAAUAUCAUUUAGCCCCUGCUAUCAGCUUUUAGCAUCUUUGCUGUAAGACCAAAACUACUGUAUCAAAUAUGAAUUCUUCCUGUGUGCCCUUUUCAUAUACUUACUUUAUCUUAUUUUUCCAUGAUCUUAUGGCACUUACUUCUUUAUUAGCCCUUGCCCCCCAAGCCCACUUUUCUUUAUGUUGUACUCUUUUCCUGAAUCUGAUAAUGUAUCUGGUAGAAUACAUUUUCAGUCRGAAAGCCAAUAAGAAUCUGUUACAGUUCAAAUCUGUGGGAACAAAUCCUUCUGCAUGACCAGACGAUAUUUUUCUGUUGACCUUCCCUCAAGAUCCCUGUACUUUGACCUACGGCAUUCUUGUUUGCUUCAAAAAUAUUUGUUUCAUGGAAUGGCUGUGCUGCUCACCUGAGUGUCAUAACACAGUUUUAUUGAUUGGAUUUUUAAGAUACUUAUUCACAGUCCCACAUCCCCCAAACUACCUUUUUUCUUCCUCCCUCCUAAGCUACAUUGUUUUUACAUAUGUAAUUAUWAUAUAGUUUACCUCUUCCCAGAGAGGUGUGGUAUGUUUAUCUGAACAAAAUGCUAGACUUGCUGGAGUGAUAAUGUGGUGACAAAUACUCUCUCUAUAGCUGUGAGCAAGUCACUUAAUCUUUCUACCUCUUUUCCCAUCUGUCAAAUUGAGAUAAUUAUGCUUAACCAGCUGGUAAAGGUUAAUGGGAGUAUUAAUUAGUUGAUAUGAGUCUCAUUCUUUGAACAUGAAAUAUGCCUAAGUAGUAUUUUUCUUUGCUCAAUUGGCAGCUUUGAAGUUGCUGAAUAAAACCUACACACAGCCUUUGCUCUGUGUAGUAGCUCCUUUAUUCUGCAGGUCCAUUUCCUUUCAUUCUGCUGAGCUGAACAUUUUGUUGGUGCUCUGUUCCAUUUGAACAACUUCUCCUACCUUUCUAGUCUGUAAGAAUGUUACUUCACAUGAGCAAGAUGAUGUAAUGGAAAGGGUGUUGACUCUGAGGUCUGGAGGCCUGGAUUUCAAUCUCAAUGCUWUCAAUUAUUGCCUUGAGUUUGGGCAAGACACUUGGCUGCCCUAGAUUUAUUGCUUCAUCUCUAAAAAGGGGUUUGUAAUUCCUAAUCUGCCUACAUCACGGGGAUGUUGUGGGACUCCAGUGAGAUGCAAUACAUGUGAAUGUGGUUUUGUAAGGUGAAAUGUGCUGUACUAGGGAAAGAAUUAAGAAAUUUAAGUGCAUAGUUUCAGCGGUUACUUUUAAAAGGAGGAAAAAGAAGAAGAAUAUUGACAUGGGUCAUUUGCCUUAAUCAGUYUCUUGAGUAGUGAAACACUAAAGUGAAAUUCAGUUCACUAAAUAAAAAGGAUCCUGAGAAAGUCCUCAUUUCUUCAGUCAGAUGGACUGAUGCUUUUGUAGCUAAGCAGAUGCAAAGGAGGAAACAGAAACCUGAGUGUUUGGGAGUCUUUGACACAUAAACUGUAAGGAGAUGUGGAGGUUAUUUUUUAAGUAAUACCUUCAGUGUUCUUAUUGUCAGGUGGCAGCUAACAAGCACUGCAGGGUAGUGGGAAUGGUACUUCAUGCUAAAGCACAGGGAGAAGUUAUCCUGAGUCUUAUGAGGAUUUGGACCAAGCAACUUUUAGCAUGUCUUCCAAACCUGACAAUCUAUGCUUCUWGAUGUUAUCAUUCAAAGAGCCCUUGCCUCAUAUAUAAAGCCUGAUAUGUUGUGUAAAUGCAUAUGGAAACCUAUUGCUAAACCCCACAGAAAAUCAAUAGUCCAAAGAUCCAACGGAAUUUUUGUGAUACAAUUUAUCCAGUUUUGAUAUUUUUAUAUUCUGCUACCACACCUGGAAAAGGCCAAUAGAUAUUUGGCGGGUUUGU